GGCUGAAGAUCUACAAUUUGCAUCGGACAACAUUACAGUAUAUCUCCAACAUAAUAAAAUACAGCACAUUUAUAUGACUCGGGCAGAAGAAAUAGCGAAAUAUCAAAAUAAAACACGUGCCGUAAACAUAUUCGUUGGCAGCAAUCCUAUAAUAUGCGACUGCAAUCUAUACGAUUUUGUCCGCUACUUGGAGGGAAAAAUGCAUCCUUACGUUCGAAAUUACUUCAUUAUAAACCCAGGACAUGAUUCAAUUUGUUAUGGACCGGAACAGAUGUAUAAUGUGUCUGAGUAUACUUUAAAAUCAAAAUCUUCCAAAUAUCUAAACUCGAAAUCACAUGUAAAACAGUGCAUUUGUAGAGAAAAUGAAAUGGACGGAAUAUUUGUGGUUGAUUGUGCCUCUAAAGAUUUAGCAUUAUCACAUAAAAAAUUAUUGAUUCCAGAUCUGAUGCCGUGUCACAAGCAGCAACGGUCAACCUCUGACUUGUUUAAUCCCUUAAUGAAGUGCGAUCUGUCAAUGAACUGGAGUCUAACAGACUACCUGAACCCAACUGGCAAAUACGAAAUGAAAAAGUUACUGUUCAAACCGUUUGGUAAUUUGAGCACCAUCCUAACCAGGAAUCAUUUGAAAGGUUUCCCACAUUUACAGCAGAUAAUUCUAUCAAGCAAUGGUAUAACGCACCUUAGUAGUGACAUUUUCGCGGAUGUACCUCACCUUGUUGUUCUCGAUUUACGGAAUAACAUGAUACGUUUAGCUCCAAGGAUUUUCGAUGACACUCCAACACUUGAAGUGCUAGAACUGAGUAACAACUCAAUUAAUGGAAUCGAAUCCGGUACAUUCGAUCCUCUGACGAAGCUGCAGACAUUGAACUUUUCAUUGAAUAACUUGACGCAGCUUGAGUCCGGUAUAUUCGACAAACUCGUUUCUUUGACAUCUUUAGACCUCAGUUCCAACAAUUUAAACUCUUUGCCAGAAAACAUUUUUGCAAUGAUGAAUAAUAUGGAAGUGCUGAAAUUAGACAACAACAGCUUUAACUCAUUACCGACACGUUUACUGUGGCAGAACAAUAAACUGAAACGUAUAACUUUAUGCAAUAAUAGAAAUAACAUGACUCUACCAGAAACAUUUUUCCAACAUCAGAUGCACCUUAAAGAGCUAAGAUUAGAAUAUAACGGUUGGAUCAUGUUGCCGAAAAAUAUAUUUUUGAGUCUUAGAUCAUUAGAAAUUAUCAGUUUGAGGAGAAAUGAUUUGCUGUCACUGCAUGAAAAUGUUUUUUACGGACCAGGCAAUUUGUUGGAGGUGGACCUCAGUUACAAUAAACUGACUACGCUACCAGAUGAAAUUUUCUACUUCUCGUACAAUUUGAAAUACCUAAAUUUGGAAGGGAACCGCAUCACUUCUAUCAGCAGGACCGUGUUUCAACACUUAUUUUUUUUGAGAGUUUUAAAUAUGGGACGAAAUCAAUUACAAGUAUUUGAAGAUAUAAUUCCUCUUCUUCGCGAGUUGUCGCCGGAUACCUCCGAGAAAGCUUACUACUGGUGGGCGCCACGUGCACAUCUACGUGUAUUCAAUUUCAGUUAUAACAACAUACGUCAGAUUUCGACUACAGAUUUGAUAUUUGUGGAAAGUAACAUUACAUUGGAUCUACGACAUAACAACAUCCAACACAUUCAGCUCAACACAAAGGAGGAAUCGGGGAAUUAUGAAAUAAUAAAAGGAAACAUAGAAAUAUUAGUCGCUAAUAAUCCUAUAAUAUGUGACUGUAAUUUGUAUGAUUUUCUUUAUUACUUGGACGAAAAAGUGCGCCCUGCUUUUCAACAAUUUGUUCAUAUAAUGGCAGAAAACUUGACGUGUCGUGGACCAGAGUGGACGAAUGGUAUACUUGUAAGCAAAUUACAAUGGAAAACCUUUAAAUGUCCAAAAUCAGAAUCAUGUCCAACCAAGUGUUCUUGUUGGAUAAAACCAAACGAGAGAGUAUUUUUAAUCGAUUGCUCCUACAAAAAUUUAACGGCAGUACCGACGGAUAUGAAUAAUAUUCCCUAUUAUCGUAGCAAAAUAAAUCAAUCUAUUGAAAUUUCGUUUUUAACGAAAUUACGUCUUGCGAACAACAACAUCAGCAAUGUGUCUGUGAAGGAAUUGCCAUUAAAUGUGGAUGUAUGUAAAGUAUUUGUUUCUGUGGAAAUUUGAAUUUUAGUUAUUAUGCACGUGAAAUUGUUAUAUACAAGGUAUGUCCUGAAAGUAAUGUCACUGACUUUAUUGUGACGCGACUUCACGUCGGACCGCGAUUAUUUCGGUUAAAAUUGGUACAUAGUACGGGACACCUGCCUGAACCUAGCACUCGACUAUUAAAAAUUUUAUUUUUUCCAAUUGUAUCGUAUUCGGCUUAGUUUGUACCCGUUUGUACCACUUUUCUUUUCGUUUGUACCCUAAGGGGUGGAAAUACCCCAGCAUCCCACUUUAACAUUUUUUAUUUCUUUCAACGCCAUCAUAAAAAGGAGCGUCUGUAGAGGUUUUUACCACUUCUACUUUCGUUUGUACCCCAAGGGGUGCGUCUGUACCGCCGUUCGAAAGUGCCCCCAAAGGGGUAACUUCGCCAUUUUUUGAGAUAUUUCAAAUUUUCUUGCGGGUGCUGUUUUCUAUUCGUUUGUACCACUUACAUUUUCGUCUGUACCUCAAAGGGUUCGUUCCUACCGCCCUUUGAAAAAAUUCCCUAGAAGUAACUUGGUCGAGUUGUAACGAGCACUUCAAUAAAUAAUUUUUAAUCGACUUACUGACAUUACUUUCAAGACAUACCAUGUAUGAGCAUAUUUAUGCUAAUAUUUGUCACGAUUAUAUUAACGUAUGUUCCCAGAAAAAAACUAACAAAGACAUUUAGGACCUUUAAGCGACCAAAGUAUACUUUGAACUUACUAAUGCUUUAUUAAUGUUUUAAAUAAUUUUAACAUUCAGUAGACAGAAGAGGACAUUCGUUACCGUUAUCAUUUCAGUUGUCCCCUGAACUAUAUCUGUUCCAAUAUAACAAGCUAAUAUAACGCCACAGUGCAAAUUCUAAAUAGCAAACAUUGUUUUAAAAUUAACGCAAUUGAGUUAAAAGUAUUAGCACAAUAAUACAUGAUAACUAAGUACAUUCAAACUAAUUAUUCGUAUCAUAAAUUUUCCACACGUGCUUCACAUUCUUUUGUGGAUUUCACUCUAUCUCCGAUUUCCCUCUUCUUGGUUAUUUUAAUCAUAUCUGAAAUAUACUAGUCAAAAAAAUUAAGG